AUGCUUAUUCCAAGAGCAGCCAGUGUUCAAGUCAAUAGAGUCUUGACACCGGAUCAAGAGUCUUUCGACAUUUGGAAGAACCAAGAGGGCAUGUCUGGAGAAAGUGAUAAUUUUUGGACAAUGGGCGAACGUACAGCACACGGCGAAUUGAAGCUGCUAAUGGGCAAGGCUGUAAUUCGAUAUUUCAUUGAGCAAGAUCGUAUGGUUUCACCUCUGAAUCAUGACCUCAAAUCAUAUGCGAUGAGCGCUGGCAAUGGAUUGGACCUGAAGGUGAACAAGUUGAAGAAUCAAGCUGCUGAUCUCUCACAACAAUACGGCCGGUUACUCGACAAAUUUGUCAAGGCCCCAGUAUCAAUCCCUGUCAAAGGGGGCUCUCUCGAUUUUUUGAGCACCGUUACUGUUCCCAUGCAGAUUCAUGAACUGGAGCCAGACAUCCAAGAUCAAGAUUAUUACUCCAAGAAGGCAAACCACGUAAAAGAACAAGACCCUCGCUCGGUGCAUGUCUUGGUUUGGAAAGAAAACCUGAUUGUGACAUUAGAUCAGAAACAGUUCCCCAAGCCCCAUGCUGGCAAAGUCAUGAAGAGCAUUUUGGAUCAAAUUGGAGGCAGUAAAGGAGAAGGACAGCCUCAGCUUCCCCGAGGAAGGAUGAUGAGUGAUGAUGCGGUUGGAAAGUUGGUUUAG